AUUUAAUGAGUGCAUAACCACAACAAUAAAUUAUAUUUGGUGCUUGUAAAGUGAAGGAUGGUUUAUACAUAGGUGAUGAAUAUGCAGCAAAAGUAUUUAUUUUAAUUUAACAAUCAAGGACAUAGAAUUUAUUGUAGCAAAUAAAAUCGGCUAUAUAGUUAAUUGUUCGUCUGAUUCUAUUGAAAAUCUUUUAGAAAACAUAGGGAUUAUGUAUUUCUCAUUUUAAUGGCCAGAAGACUAGCCAGAAGUAAAGAUUUGUAUUUUAAUCAAGAUAGUUGUCUCAAAAGACUUUGUAAAUAAUGUUUAUGAGUUUAUAGAGGAAAGUGUUACUUUAGGUUAGAGUUGUUUAAUAACCUCUUUACAUGGUUAAAGUAGAGCUUGCUCUCUAGUUACUAUUUAUCUAAUGAAUAAGUAUGAUAGUUAAUUAUUAACUUAAGAUUCAAAUGGUCACUUUAUAAGACUCUAGAAUAUUUGAACUCAAGAAGAAGUGAUUUAGAAAUUAAAACAUCAUUUUUUAAUGUUCUAAAUUAAAUUGAGAAAUUGCUUAAUCCAGAAACUCUCUCAAAAAAAUGGGAAAUGUUUUAUUUAUAAUUUAUAAUAUUUUAGAUAACCUAAUACUAGUCAAGACGAAAUUCUUAUCAUAAAUACAUUUUUCAAUGCUCAAUCAUAAUAAAUAGAUUAGAUUUACAUACAACCAACAGAGUUCUAAAAAAUUAAUAAUAAAUCUUAUAUUUCCUUAAUUGGUUGGAUAGAUUAACAUGUCUAAUAAAAGCAUAAUCCUCUCAAUUAAUUUAAAUCAAUUUUGAAGGUAUUAUAAAACAUUUAAUUAGGGAUCAAAUGCAGUUUUUACUAAGGAUGGUGCAAAUAGAAAAUUUGGGCUAAAAUCUUUUUCGGUUAAUAAAGAAAAUAUACCUGAAAGUGUACCUUAAAGGAAAAACACUCCUUCUCAAAGAUCUACUUAAAGAAGUACUAGCAAUUCAAAAUAAAUGCAAUAACCAUUGAUUGCCUAGCCAUUUAUAAAUUAAUCUUAAAUUCCUACUUCAAAUCUUUAGAAUUAAACAACGAAUCAUAAUUAAAAGAUUCUGACAAAAACUUUUUAAAUACUUCCUCCUUCAGGAUAAAACUCAAAAAAAUAAUUAAUUAUUUAAAAAGAAAAUAAUUACCAGAAAAAAAAUAGUUCAAAUUAAGUAGUCUAUCCAGUAAAGAUUUUAAGACCAAAAAUGCCUAACUUUGAUAAUAUUUGA